CUUAAACAACUUUAUAAGAUAUUUGAUAAUAAAAUGCCUCUAGAGGGACGUUAUGUAUAUAUUACAGGUGGAUCUCAAGGUGUUGGCAAAGCUUUGGCUAUACUUUGUACACGUAAAGGUGCUCAUGUCAGUAUUGUUGCUAGAAAUGAAAAUAUUUUAAAGGAAACACUUAAAGAAAUGGAGAAUGUAAGGUGUAAUCUAAAUCAGAAAUUGAAAGCAAUUAGUGCGGACUUGACAAUUGCUACAGAAGCAAAACGUGCUUUAGAUGAGGCUUCAGAAACUUCCCCGGAUAUUGUUUUUUGCUGUGUGGGUGCUGCACAACCUGGUUUUUUUGUCGAUUUAUCAUCAGAACAAAUUGAAGAAGGGAUUAAAGUAAAUUAUUUGACAGCAGCAUAUACAGCUCAUGUAGUUCUUCGUAAAAUGAUUGAUAAUCCAUUGUCUUCUAAGGCAUCUCCAAGAAGAAUUAUUUUUUGCUCAUCUCUUCUCGCAUUUUUGGGUAUGGCUGGUUAUUCUCAAUAUUCUCCUUCAAAAUCUGCUUUACGAUGUUUAACAGAUACUCUUCGCCAAGAAUGUCUUCUUUAUGGAGUCAAGGUACAUUGUGCAUUUCUUGCAACAGUAUAUACUCCAGGAUUUGAAAAAGAGCAAUUGAUUAAGCCGGAGCUUACAAAAGAACUUGAAGGAAUAGAUCAAGGUCAAUCACCUGAAAUAGUAGCCUCACGUAUAAUUAAAAAUCUUGAGAAAGGAAAAUUCUUUAUUACGACUGAAAUUAUUGGUACUCUUCUUAAAAACAACAUGAGAGGACCAUCACCGAGGGACAGUAUGAUUACUGAUACUAUUUUUGGGUAUAUCGCAUCCUUUAUUUACCCUUUUGUUCGUAUAAGCCAUGACCAUAUUGUAAGAAAGUAUGCAAAAAAAUUUUGUCAUAAAAAAAUAAAUUGA